AUGACGGGGUGGAGUUAUAAGCUUAAUUUAGCAUUCUUAAAGGAAUUGGGUUUUAAAACAAACUAUGAACAAGAUCCUGUAUUUGCACAUAAUGUCAGUAAAAUUGCUGCUCUUGCAUUUCUUCAACCAGCAGAUGUUAGUCAAGGUUUUGACGAUCUUUAUAAUUCAUCACCACCAAUACUUCAUCCACUACUUGAUUACUUUGAAGACACUUAUAUAGGCAAACAACGGUCACAAGGACGAUCCAAAUCUAUGUUUUCAGUUGAAUUCUGGAACAUGCAUCAACGAACAACUGAUCUUUCAAUGCGCAUGAAUAAUUCAGUUGAAGCUUGGCAUCGUCGUCUUAACUCAAUCAUUCAAUGUCAGUAUCCUACCCUUUGGGCUUUCAUUGAAAGUCUACAGAAUGAAGAACAUUUUAUUUAUCGUCAAUUGAUUAAGCUUAAUUCUGGUCAAAAAGUUGAACCAAGUAAAAGUAUUUAA